ACUUCAGCCACACGCGCCAAACAAGCGCGUAGGCAAACAACGUGUAACUUUUGUAUCCUCAGAAAAGAACCACCGUGGAUCCCACACACCUCCAGCCUCACUCCUCCUCAUCUCCGUCAUUCCCACCACUCUUUCUCACAUUCCGAUUUUCUUAAAAUUUUCCCCCAUAAUUAUAUAAUACUGUCGAAGCAAAAAUAUCUCGCAAUUAAGGAAAAAACUAUGGAAGAGAUUUCGACGGAUCCGCUUGUCCCGGCUGUGAAACCCGAUCCGAGAACAUCAGCCCUUGGCGAUGCUCCUCACCGCCAUGAAAAUGACGACGGAGGAAGCGGUGGAGACGGUGGUUUAGAGAUUGGAGCUCCGGAUCUAGAUAAGGACUUGCUCUGUCCGAUUUGUAUGCAGAUAAUCAAGGAUGCUUUCCUCACGGCGUGUGGCCACAGUUUCUGCUAUAUGUGCAUCAUCACACACCUUAGGAACAAGAGCGAUUGUCCCUGUUGCAGCCAACACCUCACCAACAAUCAGCUUUACCCUAAUUUCUUACUCGAUAAGCUUUUCAAUUUCAGUCUCGGUGCUGCUCGUUUGAGUGUUAGCUUGAAAUCAACUAUUGAAGAAAACUUCAGCUCGGCAUGUGUCAAAAACUGCAUCGCCCUUGGAUCAGUUUCGGGAAUCACUACAAAGGGUCGGUUCUUGACAAGCCUUUAUCUUCAGUUCCUUCUACAGGGUUGUGAUGUGUCAAUUAAGGAGGUUGAUAAUCUUCUGUCACUUCUUGCGGAAAAGAAGAGGAAAAUGGAACAGGAAGAAGCUGAGAGGAACAUGCAAAUACUGUUGGACUUUUUGCAUUGUCUGAGGAAGCAGAAAGUUGAUGAACUAAAUGAGGUGCAAACUGAUCUCCAGUAUAUUAAAGAGGAUAUAAAUGCCGUUGAGAGACAUAGAAUAGAUUUAUACCGUGCUCGGGAUCGGUAUUCUGUGAAGUUGCGGAUGCUCGGAGAUGAUCCAAGCACAAGAAACGCAUGGCCACUGGAGAAGAACCACAGUGGUUUCAACUCCAAUUCUAUGAGCAUGAGAGGAGGAAAUUCAUUAGGCAAUUUUCAAAACAAAAAGGUGGAAGGAAAGGCACAAGGAAGCUCUCAUGGGUUGCCAAAGAAGGACGCAUUGAGUGGGUCAGAUUCCCAAAGUUUGAACCAAUCAACUGUCACAAUGGCUAGAAAGAAACGAAUCCAUGCUCAGUUCAGUGAUCUACAAGAAUGUUACCUCCUAAAGCGGCGGCAAUUGGUAGAACAACCACAUAUUAAUCAAGAAACUGAUAAGAGUGUGGUACGUAGGGAAGGCUAUAGCAACGGUCUUGCAGAUUUUCAAUCUGUGCUGACUACGUUCACACGCUACAGCCGUCUAAGAGUUAUAGCGGAAAUCCGGCAUGGGGAUAUAUUUCAUUCAGCUAACAUUGUAUCAAGCAUAGAGUUUGAUCGUGAUGAUGAGCUGUUCGCGACCGCUGGUGUUUCUAGAUGUAUAAAGGUUUUUGACUUCUCUUCGGUACGUUCAGAACUCUUGGAGAGCAUUCAGAACUCUGAAUCUUCUCUUCCAGAGCUAUGCUCUUGUGAAACUGAUCUUGCAUCUCAAUUAUUGGAAACCUUGAUAGUGGAAACUAAGAUGCUUCUAAAUUAUCGAAUUGUUAGUUUUAGUAUUCUGUCUAUCAAUGGACUACUCGAAUUAGUUGAAGAUGGUGUGCAUUCUUUUCAGGUUGUAAAUGAACCGGCAGAUAUACAGUGUCCGAUUGUGGAGAUGUCAACUCGUUCUAAACUUAGUUGCUUGAGUUGGAAUAAGCAUGAGAAAAAUCAUAUAGCAAGCAGUGAUUAUGAAGGAAUAGUAACUGUGUGGGAUGUUACUACUAGACAGAGUCUUAUGGAGUAUGAAGAGCACGAAAAACGUGCCUGGAGUGUUGACUUUUCACGAACAGAGCCGUCUAUGCUCGUAUCUGGUAGUGACGAUUGUAAGGUUAAAGUUUGGUGCACAAGGCAGGAAGCAAGUGUGCUUAAUAUUGAUAUGAAAGCAAACAUUUGUUGUGUCAAGUACAAUCCUGGCUCAAGCAACUACAUUGCGACGUCUAAGCCUAUUGACUUAUUGCAGGUCGGAUCAGCUGAUCAUCACAUCCAUUAUUACGAUUUAAGAAACAUAAGCCAACCUCUUCAUGUCUUCAGUGGACACAAGAAAGCAGUUUCUUAUGUCAAAUUUUUGUCCAACAACGAGCUCGCUUCUGCAUCUACAGAUAGCACACUACGCUUAUGGGAUGUCAAGGACAACUUGCCAGUUCGGACAUUCAGAGGUCAUACUAACGAGAAGAACUUUGUGGGUCUCACAGUGAAUAGCGAGUAUCUCGCCUGCGGAAGCGAGACAAACGAAGUAUAUGUAUAUCACAAGGAGAUCACGAGACCCGUGACAUCACACAGAUUUGGAUCACCAGACAUGGACGAUGCAGAGGAAGAGGCCGGUUCAUACUUUAUUAGUGCCGUUUGCUGGAAGAGCGAUAGUCCCACGAUGCUGACUGCUAAUAGCCAAGGGACCAUCAAAGUUCUGGUACUCGCUGCCUGA